CUCUAAGCUAAGUCUCGGUAGUAAUAUUUGAUGCCCCAUAAAACGGAGUCACUUGCUUCCUUAAAACACACACACUCACUCUGUUUUCCAUAAAACCCUUGCUACUAAGCAUUAGCAAAAGGGUAUAAUGAUAAUCCUGAUUGGAAAUUGAUGAUAACUACUUUAGUUAAAGAUGGGCGUUGACCUACACACAUCAUCAGCAUCAUCAUCAUCAUCAUCACUGCUACCUUACCGGUUCCUUCCUGAAAAGCAGGGGAAGGGCAAUGAACAACCUCUUACUCUCUCAUCACGUGAUCAUCACUACUUCCAUUCAUCUCUACAAAUACCCAAACAAGUCCCAAUUCCUCUGCCUAACAUGGCACACCCCAUUGACUCUUGGAUUCUCGAUUCGCAGCAGCAGAUGUGGGACUUAAUGGGUUCAUCAUCUUCUUUGGAGAGCCCUACAGCCUCCUCUGGUGGGAUCAGCCAUGAUUCUUCUUCCUUCGAAACAACAACCUACGACGUUCUCUCAAUUCCCGACAACACCAUCAAACUCUACCACCAUCCCACUCAUCAUGCUGGAUUAAUCCAGGAACAAAUUCGAGCUAUUCAGUUGGGAUUUGGUGAAGAAAAGAAGAAAAUGAUGCAAAAAGAGAAGAAGGUAGGGGCUAUCGGAGUUGAAAUUGGUAACGGAGUUAGAACGCGUGCAGCUCCGGAGGUAUCAACGUUUGGGUCUGUUUCCGGUUCAAGAGGAGGUGGUUCUUCAGGGACCGGUGUUUUCUUGCCACGUCCCGCAACUACUCAUUCAUCACGGACCACACCUGGUAAAGGUUGCUCCAAUAUUCUUAUACCAGCUAGAGUGGUACAAGCUUUGCAACAUCACUUUGAACAAAUGGCUGUCACCUCUGGACCUAAAGCAGCUGCUGGCUUCCCUCCCCUGCAUGAUGUUUUGGUGAGUAACAGGGACGGCAUGUACUCACUGCAGAAGCGGCAAUCACGGAAAUCACAGCCAAAUAUGCAGCAGGGUGAUAUGAUUCUGCCUCAAGAGUGGACCUAUUGAUAUGAUUCUGCAUCCAUUUCUCUCUGCUAUGAGAUUUUACAUGUUCAUAGUAAUGAUAAUAAUGAUGAUGGUGAUCUUGGCAGUUUCUUGAAAAGGAAUAAAGAACAAAAUGAUCUCCAGGGUCCCUACUAUACCGAUCUCAUCACAUGGAGAAUAGUGUAGGAUGAUCAAUACUAGUACUAUUUAGCUAGCUAGCAAUAAUUAUGGCUCAAUUUGUUUUGGAAUUAAGGGUGAAUCAAUAAUAACAUCUUGUAUAAUAUGAGCCAUGACGAGUCUCUUAGCUUAUAGCUUAGAACUAAGCCUUAGCUUGAUCAGAAUUCAAAAUUAAUAAUAAGGAUGUCUUUUAUAA